AUGGCAGCCAAGGUACUAAUCGUCGCCGGAGGAAGCGGCUUUUUGGGGUCUAGAAUCUGUAAAGCCGCAGCGGCAAGGGGAUGGACUGUUACAUCGAUUAGUCGAUCUGGUGAGCCUCGGUGGGACACAAUCACCGAUUCUCCAGAGCGCCCUAGCUGGGCGAGCUCUGUGGAGUGGGCCAAGGCCGAUAUUCUCAAGCCAGAGACUUACAAGUCACAUCUGAAAGGUGCCACUGCUGUCGUCCACACGAUGGGCAUUCUCUUGGAGGCCGACUACAAGGGCGUUGUUCAAGGCAAAGAGCCAAUUUUCAGUGGCCUCCAGCGAGCCUUUAGUACCUCCAAGCUUGGCAGCCAGAACCCUCUGGCAAGACAAGAGGGCGAGGCUUUAGAGCCAAAGGAGAGAGAUGGGCAAUUGACCUAUGAAUUGAUGAACCGGGAUUCAGCUAUCGCACUAGCUCAAGAGUCCAGGAAUGAGAAGGUCCCGGCCUUCGUUUACAUCUCUGCCGCAGCCGGGGCACCGAUUCUGCCGGCCAGGUACAUUACCACCAAACGGGAUGCAGAGGCAGCCAUCACAUCCAACCUCCCGGACCUACGAAGCAUCUUUGUCCGCCCCGGCUUCAUGUAUGACUCGAGCCGGAAGUUCACGCUGCCAAUCGCAAUGGGUGGCUUCAUUGCCUCUGAGUUUAACAACUUCCUCGGGAAAAGGCUUGGGUUCCUCGGGUCUAUGGCCGAAAAGCCUCUCAAAGUCGACGUUGUGGGCGAAGCGGUGGUUGAGGCAUUGGAGGAUGAGACCACUAAGGGAGUGGUCGAGACAAAACAGAUCGAGGCACUUGCAACAAAAGCAUGGCGGAAGACAAUGCUCUGA